AUGACAGUCCGUGUAACACACAGACACGGAUUACUUGAGAAAGAGUGGAAGGAAAGAGGUGUAGCAGAGAGCAGGGGAGUAGAGAACACCUGGAGGGUAGACGUGAGCAGAAGAUCACCUGAAAUUAUAUCCAUGCCUGGCCUGCAUGGGGAAAGGCAGUUAGAGGAAUACAUUGAGAGCAAGCUAGGAUUUUGCAUUUCACGUUAUAAAAUUAAUGUAGUUGAAGGAGAAUAUUUCUUUCUGAAAUGUUGCCUUCCUAAAUCUCAGAAUAAAAAUGGCACUGUGAAAUGGUAUAAAAACAGUGACUCACUUGGAUUUGUUGAGAUAACCUCCAGCAGUUCACCCAGAAUUGUUUCACACAACUAUGGUUUAGAGUUUUGGCCACUUGAGCUAGAUGACAGUGGAAGUUACAAAUUCUGCAUGGGUAAUUAUACUUGCAAAUGGAAAUUAAAUGUCUGCAGAAGAAGCAAUCACAGAUGUUAUUCUGAAGAAGUAGUACAUACUCAAUCUGUGGAAGUUGGAGAAUUUUUAUCAAUAAAAUGUGAUGAAAUAUUUGAGUACAAUAAGAGCCUCAUCAACAGCACAUCAUUGUAUAAGGAUUGUGAAAUAAGUAAGAGUGGUGAUUCCUUUAUAAAGAAUGAAGCAGAGUUUGGAGAUGGUGGCUAUUAUACGUGCAUUUAUUCCCUCCUUUACAAUGGAAAACUAUUUAAUAUUACCAAGACCAUUAACAUGAAAAUAAAUAACGAACAAAGUAUUUCUAGUUCGUUUCUUCCUGGGCCAGAAAUUGAGAUUAUUGAAGUGGAAUUAGGAAAAGAUGUACAGCUCAACUGCUCUGCUUUUGUGGAUCGUAUUGCUACGUUUUAUUGGGAAUAUGAAAAUUAUUCUAAUGUGCAUGAAAAGAUAUCAAAACCUACAGUUAAAAUGAACAUAAAUUAUGUUUCAAGAAUAUUAAUAAUUGAAAAAAUUAAUGAAAAAAAUAUAAACACUACAUAUACAUGUCAUUUGGCUAACUCGUCGAUCCAUGAGAAAAGAACCUUCAUCUUGAAGAAAAAAGUUAUGCAUGAUAUCUCAGAUCACGUCUUCACAAGAGGAAUGAUCAUAACUGUUUUUAUAUCAAUGGCCAUUGUAUGUCUGGUGAUCUUGGGUAUCAUUUAUAGAGUUGACUUGGUUCUAUUUUAUAGAAGUCUCAUGAGAAGGGAUGAAACAUUAGCAGAUGGAAAAAAAUAUGAUGCUUUUGUGUCUUACCUAAAAGAAUGUCAAGCUGAGAAUGAAGAAGCACACUCCUUUGCUGUGGAGAUUUUACCCAGGGUGUUGGAGAAACAUUUUGGGUAUAAGUUAUGCAUAUUUGAAAGGGAUGUAGUACCUGGAAAAGCUAUUGUUGAUGAAAUCCACUCAUUGAUAGAAAAUAGUCGAAGACUAAUCAUUGUCCUAAGUAAAAGUUACAUGUCUAAUGAAGUCAGGUAUGAAUUGGAAAGUGGAAUUCAUGAAGCACUGGUAGAACGGAAAAUCAAAAUAAUUCUAAUUAAAUGUUCAUCUGUCAGUGACUUCACAUUCUUGCCACGAUCACUAGAGCUUUUGAAAUCUCACAGAAUUCUGAAGUGGAAGACUGAUAAACCUCCAAGUUACAACUCAAGGUUCUGGAAGAAUCUUCUCUACCUGAUGCCUGCAAAGGCAAUCAAGCCAUGCAAAGAUGAAGAUUUUUUCCCUUUUUUUUCAUAA